UGAGCUCUUCUUUAUUUCAGCCACAGAAACAGCAAAAUGAUUCCUAAUGGUUAUUUGAUGUUUGAAGAUGAAAACUUCAUUGAAUCAUCUGUUGCCAAGUUAAAUGCUUUGCGCAAAAGUGGCCAAUUUUGUGAUGUUAAGCUUCAGGUCUGUGGACAUGAGAUGUUGGCUCAUAGAGCAGUACUAGCUUGCUGCAGUCCUUAUCUUUUUGAAAUCUUCAAUAAUGACAGUGAUUCUCAUGGAGUUUCUCAUGUGAAAUUCGAUGAUCUUAAUCCAGAGGCUGUUGAAGUCUUGUUAAAUUACGCUUACACUGCUCAAUUGAAGGCUGAUAAAGAACUGGUCAAAGAUGUAUACUCCGCAGCUAAGAGGCUGAAGAUGGAGAGAGUUAAGCAGGUUUGUGGAGAUUACUUGCUAUCCAGGAUGAAUGUUGAAAGCUGCAUCUCUUAUCGGAACUUUGCAAGCAACAUGAGUGAUUUGCGAUUACUGAACAAGAUUGAUGGUUACAUUCAAGAGCAUUUGUUGCAGAUCUCUGACCAAGAGGAAUUUCUCAAACUGCCACGUUUAAAGCUGGAGGUUAUGCUUGAAGAUAAUGUUAGCUUGCCCAGCAAUGGCAAACUGUAUACAAAGGUAAUCAACUGGGUACAGCGCAGCAUUUGGGAGAAUGGAGACCGUCUUGAAGAUCUGAUGGAAGAGGUUCAAACGUUGUACUACUCAGCUGAUCACAAGCUGCUUGAUGGGAAUCCACUAGAUGGACAGGCUGAGGUGUAUGGCAGUGAUGAUGACCACGUUCAGUUUGUGCAGAAAAGACCACCCCGUGAGAAUGAUCUCAAGCAGUUAAGUAGCAGUUCUUCUGGAAGUCUUUCUCCAAAUGCAGCAGUGCCGAAUCUUAAACAUGAGUGGAAAAUUGUUGCUUCAGAGAAGACCUCAAAUAACACCUACUUGUGUCUUGCUGUUCUGGAUGGUGUCUUCUGUGUGAUUUUCCUUCAUGGUCGUAACAGUCCUCAGAGUUCCCCAACUAGUACUCCACGGUUGAUGAAAAGUUUGAGUUUUGAGGUUCAACCAGAUGAUCUUAUAGAAAAGGUGAUGUCUCCUAUGCAAUAUGCUCGAUCUGGAUUGGGAACAGCCGAACUUAACAGCAAGCUUGUUGCUGCAGGUGGCUAUAACAGACAAGAAUGUUUGCGCACUGUGGAAUGCUAUGAUCCCCAGACAGAUUGCUGGACUUUCAUUGCACCAAUGAGGACUCCAAGAGCUCGAUUCCAGAUGGCAAUUCUAAUGGGACAGCUGUAUGUUGUUGGUGGAUCAAAUGGACACUCAGAUGAUUUGAGUUGUGGGGAGAUGUAUGAUCCUGAAAUAGAUGAUUGGACUCCUGUUCCAGAACUGAGAACUAACCGUUGCAAUGCAGGAGUAUGUGCACUGAAUGGAAAACUGUAUAUUGUUGGUGGGUCAGAUCCCUAUGGACAGAAAGGAUUAAAAAACUGUGAUGUCUUUGAUCCUAUAACAAAAUCUUGGACAAGCUGUGCUUCGCUAAAUAUACGUAGACACCAGUCUGCUGUAUGUGAACUUGGCGGGUAUUUGUACAUCAUUGGAGGAGCUGAGUCUUGGAAUUGCCUUAAUAGUGUGGAGCGUUACAAUCCAGAAAACAAUACUUGGACUCUAAUUGCAUCUAUGAAUGUGGCUAGGCGUGGAGCUGGUGUUGCUGUUCUUGAUGGAAAACUCUUCGUUGGUGGUGGCUUUGAUGGCUCACAUGCAGUCAGCUGUGUGGAAAUGUAUGACCCUGCUAAGAAUGAGUGGAAGAUGAUGGGCAGUAUGACCACCCCAAGAAGCAAUGCUGGUUUUGCAACAGUGGCCAGCACUAUCUAUGCAGUGGGAGGAUUUGAUGGCAAUGAGUUUCUGAACACAGUUGAAGUCUACAAUUCAGAAUCAAAUGAAUGGAGCCCCUACACAAAGACCUACACGUUCUAAUUUCCUUAAAACUAACAGGCUUAGUGAUGUAAUUGUUUUAGUAGAGGUACACAUGUGAAUAAGGUGGGGGGGAAGGGUUAAAAGUUGCCAUCAGCAACAAAGCUUUUGCAUAUUGCAUACUAUUAAUAUGCUGUACAUAUUUUUUUUUAGAAUAAAUGAAGGGUGUUGUAAGCAUUAGAAGUUACUUUAGACUUAACAUUAGAUUUUUCUGAGAUAAUAAGAAUGUAAGUAAGUCGAUGGCAUAUGAUUUCACGAGCAUCCCCCAAUGUUUUGUUUUGCUGAUUUGCACACACAAAUAUUUUUACUUUGGAAUUUGUUUCUGGUGCAGGAAAGAAAUAGCAGUCUUCAUUAUCAGCAAUUAUUUUAUAGGCCUUUUUUUCUUAAAUAACUGGAAUAAUCUCAUAAGCCUUAUUUAAAUAGCUAAAUGGCUUUAUUUAAAAAAAGCUGACACACCUGCCAAUUUGACUGCCUUUUAUAACUUUUUAUAUAUUAAUAGAGCCAGAAUUCUUAUAACCUUGAAGUGACACGGCAUACAAAUGUAUGAUGCAAAGAGACAAUCUCAAAAUUCAUAGACUGGAGUAAGACAUUUAGUUUAACACCUUAAGAGCUAUUAAUUUUUUCCCUGCUAUGAAGUUGUAUGAUCUGUAAUACAUAAUUAUUUUCAUUGCAUCUGAAUGGAGUUUCUGAACAUGAAUGAGUGCGAAAGCUUAACUCUGAAAUUCAGCCAGUGUAGAGGGUGUCUUCUGUAUGGUUCUUAAGCAGUUGUAACACAUGCAGAGUUCUAAAAUGAAAAAAAAAGUCUGUGCUGUCUUAGUAAGGUUACCUAUCUGAAAAAUUAUUGUAUAAGUUUGUAUCUUUCUACUGCAAGCUGAAAACAUGCUGUAAUACAAAUUGUGUUUCAUUUC